AUGCAGCGCGCCCUUUCUUCCAGGACUUCCGCUCUCACCCGAGCUCCUUUCUCCAAGCUCAGAACAUCGGGUGUCAGCUUGCAGCAGCAACGAUUUGCUCACAAGGAGCUGAAAUUCGGCGUUGAAGCUCGUGCACAGCUUCUCAAAGGUGUUGACACCCUCGCCAAAGCGGUUACUUCCACACUCGGUCCAAAGGGUCGCAAUGUUUUGAUUGACCAAAGCUACGGUUCCCCCAAGAUCACCAAGGAUGGUGUUACUGUCGCCAAGGCCGUCACUCUUCAGGAUAAGUUUGAGAACCUCGGCGCACGUUUACUGCAGGAUGUCGCCUCCAAGACCAACGAGAUUGCCGGUGACGGUACCACCACUGCUACCGUCCUUGCUCGCGCCAUCUUCUCUGAGACCGUAAAGAACGUUGCCGCCGGUUGCAACCCUAUGGAUCUCCGCCGGGGUACCCAGGCCGCCGUUGAUGCCGUUGUCCAAUACUUGAAGUCCAACAAACGCGAUAUCACAACCACCGAAGAGAUCGCCCAGGUCGCUACCAUCUCUGCCAAUGGUGACACUCACGUUGGUAAGCUUAUCUCCAACGCCAUGGAGAAGGUUGGCAAGGAAGGUGUCAUUACUGUCAAGGAGGGCAAGACCAUCGAUGACGAGCUAGAGGUUACCGAGGGUAUGCGUUUCGACCGUGGUUACACCUCUCCUUACUUCAUGACCGAUGCCAAGUCACAGAAGGUUGAGUUCGAGAAGCCUCUUAUCCUUCUCUCCGAAAAGAAGAUCUCUGCCGUUCAAGAUAUUAUCCCUGCGCUUGAGAUCUCAACCCAACUGCGCCGUCCCCUCGUGAUCAUUGCUGAGGACAUCGAGGGCGAGGCUCUGGCUGUCUGCAUUCUCAACAAGCUUCGUGGACAACUCCAGGUUGCUGCCGUCAAGGCCCCUGGCUUUGGUGACAACCGCAAGAACAUCCUUGGUGACCUUGGUGUCCUCACCAACGCCACCGUCUUCACUGAUGAGCUCGAUAUCAAGCUUGACAAGCUCACCCCUGACCAACUUGGUUCUACCGGUGCUAUCACCAUCACCAAGGAGGACACCAUCAUUCUCAACGGUGAGGGUAGCAAGGACUCCAUUGCUCAACGCUGCGAACAAAUCCGUGGUGUCAUGGCCGAUCCUUCUACUUCCGAAUAUGAGAAGGAGAAGCUCCAAGAGCGUCUGGCCAAGCUCUCUGGCGGUGUUGCCGUCAUUAAGGUCGGCGGUGCCUCCGAGGUUGAGGUUGGCGAGAAGAAGGACCGUGUUGUGGAUGCCCUUAAUGCCACUCGUGCCGCUGUUGAGGACGGUAUCCUCCCAGGUGGUGGCACUGCUCUCCUUAAGGCCUCUGCCAAUGGCCUCAACGACUUGAAGGGUGCCAACUUCGACCAGCAGCUCGGUAUUGAUAUUAUCAAGAAGGCCGUUACCCGCCCUGCGCGAACCAUUGUCGAGAACGCUGGUCUGGAGGGCAGCGUUAUCGUUGGCAAGCUUACCGACGAGUUUGCCAGUGACUUCAACAAGGGAUUCGACAGCUCCAAGGGCGAAUACGUUGACAUGAUUGAUGCUGGUAUCCUUGACCCUCUCAAGGUUGUGCGCACUGCCCUGGUCGAUGCCAGCGGUGUUGCCUCGCUCCUUGGUACCACUGAAGUUGCUAUUGUCGAUGCCCCUGAGGAGAAGGGCGCAAGCCCUGCUGCUGGUGGCAUGCCCGGCAUGGGUGGUAUGGGUGGCAUGGGCGGUAUGUACUAG